AUGACAGACACGGUCGGCAAGGCCGCAGUCGCCUGGGCAGCUGGUGAAUCUCUCUCGAUCGAGGAUGUUGAAGUCGCACCACCAAAAGCCCACGAAGUUCGUAUCAAAAUACUUCACACGGGAGUUUGCCAUACUGACGCAUACACAUUAUCCGGGAAAGAUCCCGAAGGCGCAUUCCCUGUUAUUCUUGGCCAUGAGGGGGCGGGUAUCGUCGAGUCCAUAGGGCCAGACGUGACUAAUGUGAAAGUAGGCGAUCAUGUCAUCGCGCUAUACACCCCCGAAUGCAAGGAAUGCAAAUUCUGCAGAUCAGGCAAGACUAAUCUCUGUGGAAAGAUACGCGCCACACAAGGCCGUGGCGUAAUGCCCGAUGGAACUUCACGGUUUCGAGCUUGUGGGAAGAAUCUUCUACAUUUUAUGGGCACUUCUACUUUCUCACAAUAUACUGUCGUUGCUGAUAUUUCAGUCGUAGCGAUUACCCCGCAAUGUCCCACAGAUCGGGCAUGUCUUCUCGGCUGUGGAAUUACAACAGGGUAUGGAGCUGCCACCGUCACUGCGAAGAUUGAAGAGGGAGCAAACAUUGCGGUCUUCGGCGCUGGAUGUGUUGGUCUUUCAGUUAUCCAGGGAGCUGUGAAGAAAAAAGCAGGGAUGAUUAUUGCCGUGGAUCUGAAUGAUGAGAAAGCAUCAUGGGCUUAUAAAUUCGGCGCGACUCAUUUUGUAAAUCCGACCAAGCUGGGGCGAAAGAAUAUUGUCGAGAAACUUAUUGAUAUGACUGACGGGGGCUGUGACUAUGCCUUUGAUUGUACUGGGAAUGUGACUGUCAUGCGGGCGGCGCUCGAAGCGUGUCAUAAGGGCUGGGGAGAGAGUAUUGUCAUUGGGGUUGCUGCAGCAGGUCAAGAAAUCACAACGAAACCCUUUCAACUAGUUACCGGUCGUGUGUGGAGAGGCUGUGCGUUUGGGGGCGUCAAAGGCCGAACGCAGCUCCCUGGGCUUGUAGCGGAUUAUCUGCGUGGAGAUCUGAAAGUGGACGAGUUUAUAACGCACCGUGAAAGUCUGAGCAAUAUUAACGCUGCUUUUGAUCAGAUGAAACGAGGGGAUUGUGUGCGUUGCGUUGUGGAUACAGGGGUAUAA